AUGGAUAGAUUUUUAAAUGAAAUGAACCUCACUCAACUUAUUAAAUCGCCAACGAGGAUCACUGAUGCAACUCAAUCAUUGCUAGAUGUUAUCCUAGUGUCGUCGAAGUCAAUAGUGUACCGAAGUGGAGUAUUACUUACAUCAAUCAGUGACCAUCUACUUGUGUAUGCUGAACUUAAGAUUAAGUCUCCUAAGCAACCUUCGCAAUACAUUACAGCACGUAGCUUUAAAAAUUAUGUACCGAAUUAUUUUGCAGCUGAUCUUGCGGACAAAUCAGAUUGUCUCCUAUCUAUUUUUGACGGCGACGAUGUAAAUGCUAAACUAAACAUUCUUAACUAUGCGAUCCAGUCUACACUAGACGUUCAUGCUCCAAUUAAAACAAUUAAGAUCCGUAACCGAUCAUGCCCAUUUAUUACCCAAGACCUCAGAAACCUUAUGAAAGAGAGAGAUCGAUUACAUCAACGAUUUCUACGUACGCGGGAUAUUAUAGACUGGGUCAAUUAUAAGAGCUACCGGAAUAAUGUGAAGAGAGAUCUUAAGAAGGCGGAGAAUGAGUAUAACUCUAAUGAAGUACGGCAACAUAAGGAUAAUCCGGGGUCUCUAUGGAAAAUAGUAAACCGUCUUAUACCAUCAAAAGGAAAAGAAAGACAAAUCUAUAAAGGAGACCAUAAAUCUCUUGCAAAUGAUUUCAAUCAGUUUUUUUCAUCGGUUGGUGAAAAUGCAGCAAGGGCGUCUUCUCAUCUAGCAGAUACUAACAACAUCAAUCUACGAGAAUCAAUCGAAUCAGUCGUUAUAACUGAAAUCGACCAAUUUAAGUUUAGAGCCGUAACUUGCCACGAAGUACGUCGAGUAGCUUUAUCGUUACCUCUCAAUAAAUCAUCUGGUCCGGAUAAGAUUAACCCACGGAUCAUAAAGGACUGUCUUCCGGUCAUUUUGGGUCCUUUAACGGAAAUUAUAAAUUGUUCCCUUCGUACUUCUACUUUUCCUCUGGCAUGGAAAAAGGCAGAACUUAUUCCUAUUCAUAAAGAAGGUGACCACGAGGUACCCUCAAAUAAUCGACCAGUUUCCCUUCUUGUAGUCGCAUCUAAAAUCUGUGAAAGAUUAGCUCUUGAGCAAUUUAGCUGUUACCUAACAAGCAACAACCGACUAUCCUCCCACCAAAGUGGAAAUAAAAAACUUCACUCGACAGAGACAUUAAACGUUUUUAUCACUGACACCAUCUUAAAGGCCAUGGAUAAACAGAAACUCUCAGCUCUAGUGUUGCUUGAUCUCUCAAAAGCAUUUGACAGUAUAAACCAUCAGAGACUACUUCAUAAACUAUCAAAUGUCGGAGCAUCCAAAUCAACAGUAAACUGGUUCAGAAGCUACUUAACAGACCGUUUCCAAUCAACCCGUAUUAACUCUACGUUAUCAGAUCCAUUACCGAUAACUUAUGGUGUACCUCAAGGGGCCAUUUUAUCGCCAUUGCUCUUUUGUAUAUACCUUUACGAUCUACCCUGUGCAUCUUACAAUGGUGAUCUUGAAUCAUACGUUGAUGAUACGAAAACUUUGUUAUCGUUUCCUUUAACGGAAGCUGACACUGGAAUUAAAAAUCUGGAAGAAGACCUACAUAAAAUUGCGUCUUGGUGCUGUGAAAACAAUCUUUUGGUGAAUCCAGAUAAAACAAAAUUCAUGAUCAUUGGAACCAGGCAGCUGAUGAACGAACUUGAUGUCAAUAUUUCGAUCUCUUUUAUGGGGAAGAUUCUAGAACCUGUUGAUUUUGCCAAAGAUCUAGGACUUCUAAUGGACAGCACCUAA